AUGCGCUACUCUCUCAUCAACGGCCUUCUCCUCUUGGCAGUCUCGCCAAUGACUUCUCUGGCCUUGCCAGUCGACCCUAAUGACCAAUCUGGUGUUUGGGACCCUAGUGGCCAGUACCGCAAGGGCCACUAUGUGAACGGGCAGUUCAUCCCCAACACUGGCUCUGAAUACAAUAAUGGCCAGUACAGCAACGGUCAAUAUAACAAUGGUCAAUACAACAAUGGCCAGUACAAUAACGGUCAGUACAACAAUGGCCAGUACAACAACGGUGAAGGCCAAACCGGCGAAUAUAACAAUGGUCAAUACGACAACAAUGAGUACACCAACGGUCAGAGUAACGGCUACCAGCGCCGCAACAUGAUCGGCCGUCCAUUCGGCAAUGGUCGCCAUCGCGUCGGUGCUCCUGAAGUUGAUGUUCCUGGCGUUGGUGUCCCUGGUGUCGGUCUCCCCGGGAUUGGUCUCAAGGCCCGUAACUGGCCUUACGACCAGAACAACAACAACCAAUAUGGAUGGACUGAUGCCAACGGUCAGUGGCACGCCAAGAACAACCAGGAUCAGAAUGGCUGGACUGAUGCUAAUGGUCAAUGGCACUCUAACAACAACCAGAAUGGUUGGACUGAUGCGAAUGGCCAGUGGCACGCAAAUACCAAGCGUGGUCUCUCUCUCCCUGGUGCUGCGGGCGUUCCUAACAUUGGAGCCGCCAACCUCGGUACCGGUACCCCUGGUGUUCCUGGUAUACCCGGCAUUCCCGAUGUCUCUGGUGCCGGAACUGGUGCUGCCAACAUUGGAGCUGCCAACCUUGGUGCUGCCAACCUUGAAGCUGCCAGCCUUGGUGCUGUGAACGGUGCCAACCGUGGUGCUGGUACCAAUGGCCUCAACAACCAUGCUCAGGUUGGUGCGGGCUCCGGUCUUCACGUCCGUUAUUACCCCAACUACGAUAACCAGAACGGUGACUACCGCGGCUCGAACAGCGAUCGUGAGAGCGAGCGCGAGCGUCAGCGUGAACAGGACCGCGAAGAAGAUCGUCAGGAUGCUGCUGCUAUCACCUCUGGUGUCCUCUCCAACCUGAAGGCCCGCUACUACCCCCAUGAUGAAUACUACAACGACGACGACAAUGAGAGCAAGAGUGAGCGCGAGCGCCAUCGCGAGGAAGACCGCGAAGAUGCCCACGACGCCAUUGAUGCCACUUCCGCAGCUCUGAGUGGUCUGAAGGCCCGCAACUUCCCUGGCAACCAGUUCCACGAUGGCGAGCGUCUGGAACACGCUGCUAUGAACGCUCUGCCCCACACUCCCAUCGUUACCAAGCGCUGGUGGCCCUUCGGUGGCUGGAACCGCAACCAGGAUAACAACAACGACAACUAUGAUGACAACUACGGAUACAACGACAAGUGCAAGAACGGCGACUACAACGACGAGUCUGGCUGGGACUGUCGCCACGACUGGGAUGCCAACCGCCAUGUUACUCCCACUCCCCGUGUCUGGGCUCGUGGUCAGCAGACCGAGAAGGCCAACUUGCCUCACCCCCAGGCCACUGGUGCUAUCAUGAACGGCCAGAAGGGCGCUGAGCGCAACGGCGAGCAUCGUCACGAGAACAAGGAUCAGGAUGGCAAGGACCUCAAGGACCUCAAGGCCACCGCUACCAUGGCUCAAUAA